CCUCCCUUUACGUUCUUCUUCAUUCACCCCCCUCCCCAAACCCUCGACCCCAAAACACUCCCCAAACUCCAAAAUUUGGUCAUCCAUGGGUACCCACAACACGAUGAAGAAGGAGAUGGAAUAUGUGAUGAUUUAGGUUCUUCAAUUUGCCCAUCUCUUUUUCCUCACCAAAAUCAUCACAAACCCCUCUGCAAGAUUCAAAUCAAUUCAACCCAAUUACCCAAAACAAGAGGAGAAGAAAAAAAAGAGAGAUUUGUUUGAUGGAGUUUGAUAUGGAUAGAAUUACACCCCACACUCGCCCUCUUCCCCCUCCUUUCCUCUCCAAGGGUCUUCAUCUCCACCACCGCCAAAACUCCCAUGACGACCAAAGCGGCGGAGCUAAAAGGGAUAGGGAGGAGGAAAAUCCCAUCACCGCGGCGGAGACUAAGGAAUUAUCCAAUUCUUCUUCUCGACGCCCACGUGGCCGACCAGCUGGUUCCAAAAACAAGCCAAAGCCACCCAUUAUAAUCACUAGAGACAGCGCCAACGCCCUCAGAUCUCAUCUCAUCGAAAUCUCCACCGCCUCCGACAUCGUGCAUACCCUCGCCGCCUUCGCGCGUAGGCGUCAGCGCGGCGUUUGUAUUUUAAGCGCCACUGGAACCGUCGCCAACCUCACUCUCCGACAGCCAGCCUCACCCGCCGCUGUCAUCUCCUUACAUGGCAGAUUUGAAAUUCUCUCCCUAUCCGGCUCCUUCCUCCCGCCGCCGGCUCCCCCUGCCGCCUCCGGGCUGACCGUCUACUUAGCCGGUGGGCAGGGGCAGGGGCAGGGGCAGGGGCAGGUCGUCGGCGGGAAUGUAAUCGGCCCACUUCUGGCGUCCGGUCCGGUGAUUAUUAUGGCAGCUUCAUUUGGAAAUGCUGCAUAUGAACGGCUACCCAUUGACGAGGAAGACGAAACUUCACCGGCGGCGGAGAUGGCGGGAGAACAGGCAGCACCGCCGCCGCCGCAAUUGUUGGGGGAUCUGAAUGGGGGAUUGUUUGAUGGUGUGAAUUCUUCAUGCCAAUUAGCGGCGGCGGAGGCGGCGUAUUGGGGAGGAGGUCGGCCACCGUUUUGAAAACAUAAUCUUUUGGGGGUUUGAUGAAAUUUCUUUUCUUUUUAUGACUUGGAAUUUACUUUUUAUUAUCAUCUCUAAAUUAACUUGUGUUCUCCUUUAUGUGUGCGAUUUCAGUUUGUGUUUUAAUUGGAACAUAGAAAAUGAUGAAAAAUGAAGGUAAUUAUUGUGGAAUUAGAAGAAGGAUGUCAAAAAUCCUACCUAUUAAUCAUUAUGUCUUAACUAAAUUAUGUUAAUUUUUUAGUUGUUAUGUUAUUAGGGUUUGUUCUUAAUUUUUUCAAAGCCACCGGAGAAGAUGGCGGAGGGCGGCGGCCGGAGAAUGGGGAAAUGGGGAGGUGGAGAAUCCGAUGUAGAAGGGGGAAUGAGGUCAGAUUUUGAGGUAUUUUUGUUCUGAAAACUGGGGAUGGAGGAGAGAGAAAAUUAGGGUUUGUAGAGAGAGAGAGAGAGAGAGAGAAAGAGGAGCAUUGGGCAUUGGGUCACACGUGCAAAGGUGUGUGAAAACAGCUCCUUUUCGAGGCAACA